ACCACAUGAAUAUACUUAUAUAUUCAAAUAAAAUAAAAACAUUAAAAAAAAACCCCCACAUAUACACACACACACAGUGAAACACGUAACACAGAGUUGCGUUCCAUUAAAAAGAGUUCCGAAUCCGAUUUGGCAGUAGAGAGCGAGGGGAGCAGCGAUGAAGCGAGCACGCAAUGACACGGACGUGAACAUGAAGAAGAAGUCGAUACGUUCCCGGUUCAAAAAACUGGUGCGUGCGGUGAUUAUGAACCAGCAUUGGCUGAUCGAUGCCGAGGAUCAGGGCAUCUCGAUGAACGUCAAGAAGAACGUGGCUUUGCUGGUGCGGCAGAAGAAGAAGCGGGGCAUGAUCACCGUAGCGGAGAAGGCGCUGUUGCGCACACUCCCUUGGGCGCGUACCAUCGAGGAUCGAAAAAAACUGUGCAUGGUCUUAGCCGGACUAGCAUGCUUCGCCAAGAUCCCUCCGAAAAUCAGGGCUCGCAUGGUGCCGGUAAUUAAGUUAUUGUCCAUUAAUGAGUCACGAGUUCUAAUCAAAGAGGGGGACUCGCCCAUUACCGUGUAUUUCAUACUGAACGGCGAGGUCGAAAUGAAAAAAUCCGAAUACAAUAAGGUCACAAAAGAAAUCACUGAAGUAUCCAUUGCCAUAUUCGGUCCGGGCGACUGUAUCGGAGAGGUGGAAAUGGUUGAGGAUUGCCCCAGAAUGAACACAUUCACGACACUGUCAAAUUGUGAGAUAUUGGCCAUAUACGAUAACGAUUACAAUCGAAUUCUGAAGCCGUUCAUGGAGAAGCAAUGGAACGAAAAGAGGCUAGCAUUGCGAGCCUUUGACUACUUUAAUUUUCUGGAUGAGGAUCAGAUACGACGUGCCUGUAUGUUCGGCUCUGUGGUGCAGUAUGAUCCUCUGGAGACGAUCUAUGUCGAGGACAAGGGCUCCUUGAGUAUGGUGCAUUUUAUUUUGAGCGGCGAAUGCGUCAUCCUACAAUGCCUAAACAUCAGGAUCGGUAACCGCAAGGGCAAGACUGUUAUUGAUCUGACCGAUAUCGAAAAGGAUAACGAGUCUAAGUCAAUGUUUCACGAAUCAAAGAACUCGUCCUACGCUCCGGAAUACUCGUAUUUGGAUAUUCAGAAUUUGUUGGCCUCAACCUCGUCGGAGGAGGCCGAGUCGAAGGGCCUAAAGAAACAAGCGAUGCGCAAAAUGGGCCUGAAAGAAAUCGAAGCAUAUUGUGGCAUGGGUCAGGCCAGUUUCCUUCAGAAGCACUCACAUCGAAAGAAAACCAUAAUGCAGGCGAAAAGAUUAACACAUAAAACACCAAGGCACACCAGGAAUACCAGGAAAACCGGUACUACCGAGGAGGAGAUUGAGGAUGACGAAGAGGAGGAGGAACUGUUUGAUUAUGAGGAUUUUUUUGAAUAUUUCAGCGAGGAGGUAUCCGCUGAAACAGACUCCGAUGCCAUUGAGUCCUCGAGCUCGGGCUCGAAGCGAAAAACACUCGUCUCCCAAACGUCAUCGAAGCGCGCAACGAUCUCACAAUCGUCAAUCAAGCGUCGAACACUUCAAUCCGCAACUCAAUCCUCGAAACGUUUAGGCACAAUCUCAUCCGAAAUAUUUACGGCCAGCCCCUCCGCCCGAACCAUAUUGAGCGAACUUGGUUCGGAUGCGACACUUCUCUCUACGUUGCACGAUCCGAUUAAGACCCAUUUUAUAGACGUGGGCUCGCUCACAUUCGGCAGCAUCUUUGGCCUGGGCGAAAAGAUGGAGCACCGUGUGAUAAUGGCCCGUACUGUGGUCCAGUGCCUGGUCCUGCCGCGCUUCUGGCUGCUGGAGGAUGAACAGAAUCCGGGCAAUAUCUGGCAGCGUCGCCGCUUCUACUUUGAGUGCAGUGUGCCCUCGCGGCAGGCCCUGUUCGAGGACUACCUGAAGACACGGCGCUGGGACAAGUUCCGACGUGCCUACAUCCAGAGCACUCUGGACCCCAACUCGAAAAGCAAUAUGACACAGGAGGAGGACAUACCCAUUAUAUGUCGCAUUGUGGAGACCAGCGAUGAUACAUAAGUGCUCGGCUCGGCUCUGCUCUGCUCUGCUCGGCAUCCUCCCACGCAGGCAAGGCAAUGAAUGCAUUUACCAUUCUCUCCAUUCUCCAAAUUCUCCGUUUUAUACCCAUGUAAAAUAAUGUAAUACUCAUAUAAAGCAGCCUCGUAUAUGUAUU